GUUAUGUUUGUCUCCCUUUGUAUAUCUAUUAUCUAUGUUUGUCUCUAUUUUCCAAGUUAGCAAUUAAAUUCAAAGAAUCGUCUGAUUUAAUUAUAUUUCAUGAAUAUAAUCAUAAUGUAAAAAUAGUCUAUUUUUAAAAAUGGUUGUGGGAGCUUUCCCAAUUGCAAAAUUAGGAGCUUUACUGCUCAAACAAGUAAGUAAGCCUAUAGCCAAUGCCUUGAAGAAUCAAGCCAAAAGUUCUCCAGUUUUUAGAAAAUAUGUGUGCUUGCCUCCAGCACAGUUCUACAACUGGUGUGAAAUAAAAGCGAAAAUGUGGAUAUUAAAUUUAGGAAAACCUGUUAAUAUCGCCGUCUUAAAUGAAGAAAUGGCAAUCGAACUGGGAGCUAAUUUACUAGGUGAAUCAAUUAUAUUCGUAAUUGCAGCAGUGGUGUUACUUAUGGAGUAUAAUAGGAGUGCCCGAAAAGAAGCAGCAAAAGAGGCGGCUAAAAUAAAGGAAAUAGAAAUUAUAAACACUAAUAUGCGAGAAUUGUUCAUGAAAACCGAAGAGCAGGGAGCUCAAAUAAAACAUCUUUUACGAGUUGUUACAGAACUAGAAUCUGGUGUUGUGAAAAAACCGUGGAUUCAAAAAAAGAAGCCUGAUGAAGAAAAUGAUAAAAGCAGUGUGCUUAGUUCCACCAAG